AUGAUAUCCGACAAAAGUAACGACGAUAGAGUUGCAGUCAAUUUUAUAAACAAACAUCCUGAAUUUACAUUCAGUUGGUCUCGUCUUUGUGUUCAAACGCGAGAUGAUAACAAAUUUUCUUGUGCUGCAUAUCUUCGUGGCUUAAAGUUUGAUGGUAAAUCACAGCAGCAACGACGUGAACUGCUGGUUGAUGUAUCAGGUAUUGUACAGCCUGGACAAAUUUUAGCUGUAAUGGGUGCAUCUGGCGUCGGUAAAACAACAUUGUUGAAAGUACUCAGUGGUUUAGAUGAUCCUAGUACAUUGGAACUCGUUUCGGGUACGAUUAUGAUUAAUGGUCGAGUGACAACACGUAAUAAACGGCUCAAAAGUUCAUGUAUAGGACAUGUUGAACAAGAUCAAGUAUUUAUCGAAACAAUGACACUUCAUGAACAUUUAAUCUUUCAGGCAAUGUUACGAAUGCAAUCAUUAUCGAUGACCGAUGAUGAUCGUCGAGCAUGUGUUUUUGAAAUGAUCAAAUUGUUAGGUUUAGAGAAAUGUACGUCAACUAUUAUAUCAAAGUUAUCCGGUGGUGAACGAAAACGAUUAGCAUUUGCAACAGUCGCAUUAACUGAUCCAUCAAUUAUGCUUAUUGAUGAACCUACAUCUAAUCUUGAUGCAUAUUUAGCUAAAUCAUUAAUGGAUACUAUUCGUAAACUUGCUGUUGAAGGACGUCGAUCAAUGAUUAUUGUUUUACAUCAACCAACAUCUGAAAUGUUUAAAUUUAUUGAUUUAUUAUGUGUAUUGGUUCAAAAUGGUAAACAAGCAUUUUUUGGUAGUACUAAUUCUGAAGCAUUACCAUUCUUUGCCAAUGAUUGUGGUUUAAUAGGAUCAUCACUUGAUGUAUAUAUAGAACAAUUAGCAGCACCAGAAACAGCAGCAAGUAAAGAAGCCUUACAAGCAGUCGAACGAUUUGCUAAAUCAUCUUAUGCACUUUCACUUGAUUCAUUAACUACUCCAUCAAAUAAUAUUUCUUCAUUAUCAUCUUCAUUAACAACUACAUAUGGAUCAACUCCAAAUUUUUUUCGACAAAUGAAAUGGUUAUUAUGGCGUUCGUAUAUGGCUGGUAUACGUAAUCGAGUACAUACUUAUGAUGCACUUGUUAAAACAUUCGUUCCAGCUAUUGUUCUUGGACUUCUAUAUUUCAAUUUGGCACAUCGAGAUCCAUCCCGAUUAUAUGAAACUAAUGUUAAUGCUCUUUUAAUUGUAAUAAUCUAUGUGUCAGCAACUACAUGUGGUACACUUAUUUCUGGUACAGUACCGAAUGCUAUUUUCGUAUUCCUAAAAGAAACACAACAGCAUAUGUAUGGAACAUUAGCAUUCUAUAUAUCAACUUAUUUACAUGAUUUUCCAAAAAUAAUUCUUGUAUCAGCAACUUUUAGUUCAAUUAUAUAUUGGUGUGCUUCAAUAUCAAUAGAUCAUAAUUAUUUCUUACAUUUUCUUGCAUUUGUAUCGACUGUCGUAUUAACAAGUAUUACAAGUGCAUCAAUGGGUGCAUUUAUUGCUUCAUUUUCAGGAUCUGUCGAGAGUGCAGUAGCUACAACUGUACCAGUCUUACAAAUACUCGUAGUUUUCAGUGAUUAUUUUCUUGAUUUAAAACGGUUACCAUUUAUUCUAUAUAUUUUACCAUAUUUAUCUCCAUUUUAUUAUGGUUAUUCAAUUUUAAACAAACUCCAAUGGGAUAAUGGCUCAUCAUCAGCUGUUAUUUACUUUGAUAUUGCUAUGCUUUUCUUACUAUUUACUGUCUUUAAUAUACUUGCUUUUAUUGUUAUUUGGUGGCGUGCUCAUCGAUUUCAUCUAGCUGGAAAAUGGCAGACAAUAAGUGAAAAAAAACAAUAA